UUUAUUUAAGCAUAUGUUCUUGUCAGUUCGGGGAAUAAUAAUGCGAACUACACUUGUGUGUAUAUAUUGACAGAAUUCAUCUCAAAUAGGUAUAAAUUGAAAAUACAUCACAAAUAAAUUAUUACAACCUACUUUUAAAAAGAUUCUAAUCAUGGCUGUAUCAAAGAAUGUAAUUCUUUUGGAAAUUAUUUUUCUUAUUACGUUGUGCUCCUGCAGCAAUAAUUCUACAUUAAAUGAGGAACAAAACUCGAGGAAUGAAGAAAUUGCACGUCUCACUGCUUUAGGAAUGGUGGAGGCAGAAUUGUUUUACGACUUAAUGCACACGGAAAAUUUUUCUAAAAAUUGUUCAAAUAGAUUAGAGAAAAUGAACAGUACUCAUAAAGGGGUGUUCAAUGCUUUAAAUGGACUAUUCCUAAUAGGUCAUACAAGGAAAACAGGUCAAGAACUUUUUAACAUACUUUAUGAAGAAGUAACUGCUAAAUAUGAACGCAAUAAUCUGUCAGCUGUAAUAAGUUUUGAAGAUUGCUUUUCAAUUAUGCAUUACACUAGUCAUGGCUUUGAACGAAUAAUGGCUGAAACGGAUGAAGGUAGACAAAUGAGGAAUGCUUUUUACAGAUUAGCAAUUGUACAAUCUAAAGAUCCAAAUAAAUAUCAUAAUUCUAUAUUGUAUCGAGGACAAAGCGAACUUGAUACGUGGUAUGAAAAACGUUAUGUUAAAAAUACAACGGAACGAUUGAAAAGAUUUACUUCAACAUCACUAGAUGAUUACGUAGCAGCUAAAUACGCACAAGAGAGAGAUAAUAAUACUGACAUGACUUCAACACUUUACGAGAUGCAUUUUCCAAGCCCAUUUUUGAGUGCAAAUAUUGACAAUAUAACAUACUUCUCUUAUGAAAAAGAAACAGUUCUGCUUCCAGAUACGAAAUUAUUUGUUAACAAUAGGACAAUAUUCGAAAAAAAAACAUUUUUCGCCUAUGGUGAUCCUGAUGCUAUUGAUUUAAGAAUAAUUGUAACUCAUGAUGAUGAAAACUUGAGUAUAUUUGAGCAACAGAAACGGGUAAUGAUAAAAUUGAAAGAACUAAAAGAUUCUGGUACAAAAUUUUAUGUGGAUUGUUAAGUAUCUUUCUUUAUAUUUUCAUAAUAGAAAGAGGGCGAUAAAAUCGAAAAUUUUCAUUUUUAACUCACUAUUAGAAAUUACAUUGACUUUUUAUUUACGUUGUAAUCGAAAAGAAUAUUUUUUUAUUUCAUUUUCCUUUAAAGAAUGUUUAAAAUGUAAAAAAAUAAAAUUACAUUAAAGUCCUUUGUAUUUUCGGUUGGUUUGUAUUUUGUUUGGUUUUGUGGGAAAUAUUUUCUCGUAGAAUAUUACUUUUGGAGAAAAAAUAUUAGAACGAUUAUAUUUUGCAGAAAAAAUAUUAGAAAGAAUAUUCAUUUUGCACAAAGUGAGAUUCAAUCAAAUUUAAUUUUUGGCAAAUUAAUUUUCAUCUAAAUAAAAUGUAUGC